AUGCAACACAUCCACCAACAACCACCGCUACAACAAAAGACCACUCGCAUUCAAUCGAGCAACAUCACAGCACUCGUUACGUGUUGCUCCACCCGCAAAAAGUGGUGUGGUUGCAGUGUUAUGGACAUGAAGGUGCAGCGUCACUUUGCUCAAGCUUGGUCAAAGCCCUACUUUACCUCCUUCUUCCGACUUUCAGCUCCAGCAAAACAACAUCACACCACCAUGCAACACCACCACCAACACACGCUAUCGUAUCAUGCAACCACCUGCAUCUUCACCAGCAAGGCUUCAAGAAUCGAUACGUUGUGUUCCACCUGCAAAAAGAGCCAGAUCUGCACCACCACCUUCGACAACAUGCACCGUCACCUGCGUGAGUCUGAUGGACUCGACCGCGGCGGUGAGGUGUUCGGCAUCGUGGUCUUCAAACACGUCUCGUUGCUGCCUAUGCACUUGCCAACCAGCACAAGUCCAGCGCUCCCACCGCCAACGACUCGCCUACCGUCAACCGGCGGUGCUGCCACCACCCACACCCUCCACUCGAUCUACCAAUGGAGAGAUAAGAAGACCAGGUGCAGUGAUGAAGAAGUCACGCCGGCAUCCAACGGCAACAGAAAGAUCACACAUGAAUGUGCCACCAACUGGCAGCCCUGGGCUGUCAACAACCAAGAACGUCUCCUUCGGCGCUUUGUUGGUCGACGCCAUCUUUCUGUGUUCUGCACCAUCAAGAUCAAGAGAUCCGUUGUUGAAAGAACAGUCUUCCCACCAGACCUCCAGAAGCUGCACUUCGAGCUCCGGGAUGGCACCUUCCAGAGCCGCUCUUCCGCACUGACGAUGAUCAGACCAACGACCGCCGCAGAGAGUCAAUGCCUUGAGAAGAACUACGACAUCAAGCAAGUCUACAUCAGCAUCGCCGCCGCCAGUGUCUCAAGGUCUUUGGACGGCAUUGCCGUCAUCGCCACUGGGCUUUGA